AUGGAAUGCUGAAAGUUGGGAUGCAAAAAUAAAGUCAAAGUUCUCUGCAAGUGUGUGGUUCCUGCCCUCUACUCUUGCAAAACCCACUGAUAUAAGCAUUCUCAAGCUGCUUCUAUUAAAAAACACGAUUUUGAACACUUACAAUUAAAACCAAAUCAAGGAUAUAAGGAAGCCCUAAUUGAAGAGCUGCAUAGAUUAUCAAGAGAAUUGCUUGAUAUAAAAGAAAACUUAAUAAAAGAAACAUACAAGAAAAUACAGGAAUUAAAAUUAUCACUUAUUAAAGAGCUAGAAAAUAUUGAGAAAAUAAGAAUAAAUCAACUUGAUUUAAUUAGAAAGAUUGACUCGGUAAAAACAAUACCAAAAAUAAAUCAAAAUCCACUUGAAAAGCUAUUAAGCUUAGAUCCAGAUAGUGCCCGAAAAAAGUUGGAUGAGCUUGGGUGCAGAUUUAAUCGUUCAGAUUUUGAAAGCAAUGAAAUUGUAUUUUUUAGGACUAAAACAAAAAACUCAGUUAGAGUAAAUUUGACCAAUUUUUCAAAGUCUGAGCAGCAGAUAGACAUUCUUCAAACCGAGGUUAGCUCUGCUCAACAUAUUUCUAUGUGUCUUCUUCCUGAUAAAUCGAUAUUUUGCUAUGGCGAUCGUCGCUCAUCUGGAAUAGCAUUUAGAUUGUAUCCAGAUAACACUAUUAAGCAACUUUCAAAUGGAGAUCCGUCAAGAAGUAUGGGUGCUGUGUAUCAUGAUGGCUUUAUUUACUUAUUUGGAGGAUAUAAUGCUUAUAAUGUGAAUGAUGAUGAUUAUUAUAUUAAUGAUCCAUUGAAUCAAGCAGCGAAAUAUGAGCUAUCAACUGAUAAUUGGUAUUAUCUGAAGAGAAAUUUACUACAUGCUUUUGGCAUAAAGUUUUCCAUAUUGAGUAAAGUAUUAUAAUUUAUUAGGAUAUUAAAAUAAUGGAAAAAAAGUUUUAGUAGAGAAUAUAAAAUUUGCCCUCUGAAAGAAAAUCUAAGCUGAGUUUCAUGUAUUGCAGGAAAUUAUGGAAUCGCAUUUGUUGGGUAUCAAAAUAAAAAACUAUAUUCAUAUAAUCAUAAGCAAGAUAUUUAUAAUGAAAUUUAUCUCAACUUCCAAGCUAAUACUUAUAAAGUCUUGCUUCAGGCAGAAAAUAGAGUGUUUUUAAUCGAAUCCUCAAGAAAUAUAUAUGAAAGUGAGCCAAAUAAACUAAGCAAUUGGAAAACUAUAGGACAAUCGCAGAUUUUCUGUAGUAAUAGAGCAGCAUACCAAGUUUAUUUCAAUCAAAGUUGCUAUUUCAUGGACAAUAAGUAUAAAAUAUAUAAAUUUGAUAUGAAGAGCUUACAAUUAACGAUGACUGAGGUAAAAUUUCAAUAA